AUGGCAGACGUCAAGACACCCACCGACAUCUCGUCGAGUCCGAGGCGGAGCGUCGACGCUGCUCCGGAGAAGAACCUUUCCGCAGACGAGAUCCGUUUGGCGCAGAUGGGUCACACCCAAGAGCUCAAGCGCCAUUUCAGCACCCUCAGUCUCAUCGGCCUCGCCUCAACGACGACAAUCUCGUGGACCGGCCUCGGCCUCGGCCUCAUCACCGAGAUCAACGCCGGUGGGCCCGGCGCCGUCAUCUACGGCUUCAUCCUAGUCACCCUGCUCCAAUGCUUCCUCGGCGCGUCGCUGGCCGAGUUCGUCUCGUCGUAUCCCACCGAAGGCGGCAUGUACCACUGGAUUGCUGCCGUCGCGCCGAGGAAGAUGACGGGUGUCUUGAGCUUUUUCACAGGCUGGUUUAGCGUGCUUGGCUGGAUCUUCACGACUGCGUCAACGAACCUGAUUUACGCUCAGGUUCUCAUGGCCCUGAUCGCGCUCUACCACGGAGACCUCGAGAUCCAGGCGUGGCAGACGUUCAUCGUCUACCAGGGGCUGAACCUCAUCACCGCCGGGAUCGUCAUGUUUGGUAACAAGAUCAUUCCUGGACUGAACAAGUUCUCCCUCUUUUACCUGCAAAUCGGCUGGUUCGUGGUUAUGGUCACCGUGGCGGCGUGUGCCCCGACGCACCGCAACACCGAGUUCGUGUUCCGCACGUGGAUCAAUAACACUGGUUGGGAGAACCAGGUUGUCUGCUUCAUCACUGGGCUAGUCAAUCCUCUCUACAGUCUUGGUGGACUUGAUGGAGUCACCCACAUCACGGAGGAGAUGCCCAACCCAUCUCGCAAUGCACCCCUGGCUAUCGCCAUUACGCUUUCCAUCGCCUUCGUCACGGGUAUCACCUACCUCAUCACCCUCAUGUUCUCCGUCCAGGACUUUGACGCCCUGUCUACGACCAACACCGGGCUUCCGCUGGCCGAGCUGUUCCGCCAAGUCACGCAGGGGGCUGGGGGAGCGUUUGGUCUAACCUUCAUUCUGUUCGUCGCUCUGGGGCCCUGCGUCGUCAGCUCCCAAUUGAGUACUGGCCGUGUCUUCUGGGCCUUCUCCCGUGAUGGCGCGAUGCCCUUCUCCCGGAUUUGGUCGAAGGUCCACCACAAGUGGCAAAUCCCCUUGAACUCCCAGCUCGCCGUCACCGCAGCUGUCGCAGCUUUGGGAUGUCUGUACCUGGGUUCUUCCACCGCAUUCAACUCUCUCCUCGGUUCCGCCGUCACCAUCAACAACAUUUCCUACAUGUUCCCCAUCGUCACGAACCUCUUGACGCGCCGGAAGAACAUGCACCGCGGCGUAUUCCACAUGGGGCCAACGUGGGGCCCCAUCGUCAACGGCGUCACCGUCUGCUGGCUGACGUUUGCCAUUGUAUUCUUCUCUUUCCCGUACGUGAUGCCCGUCGAGCCCGCCAACAUGAAUUACACCUGCGUUGUUGUUGGCGGACUUACGGUUCUGGUCGGCGCAUGGUGGUUCAAGGCUGGCUCUAAGUAUAGCGAGAAGAUGCUUCAGGCGAAGGAGGAGUAA